CUCCGGUCUGAGACACGGAGAGAGUAACCGGAGAGAAAAACCGGAGCCUGUCUGUCUGUCUGUCUGUCUGUCUGCAGACAGGAAACUACAGAAACACAGAAACAGAGGAGCAGAGGAACUACAACAGGAGGAGAAGAAGGAGAGAAAAAAGAAGUGGAGGAACUACAACAGAAGAGUUGAGCAGAAACAGAGGAACUACAGUAGGAGACACAGGAGAAGAAGAAGUGGAGAAGAAACGGAGGAACUACAGAAGAAGGAGAAACUACAGCUGUAGAAGAAGGAAAGGAGAAACCGCAGCAGAACACAGGAGAAGAAGAGGUGGAGAAGGAACGGAGGAACUACAGGAGAAGCAGAAGAGAGGAACUACAGCAGGAGAAGAGAGGAGGACAGACAGAGACAGAGAGGAACUACAGGAGAAGACGAAGUGGAGGACAGACAGAGGGACAGAGGAACUACAGAAGGAGAAUAAGAAGAAGUGGAGUUUCUGUAGUUUCUCUCCAACAUGGAGCGCGCAGCAACUUUGCUCCUCGCGCUGAUUUCCCUGUGCAAACUAACGGGCGCGCGGGCCGAUACCUUCAAAGCCUGUGUGUCCGGUCCCGACUGUCCUCUGGUUCAGUCAACAGAAGACGACUUCGAUUGGGAACAAGGAGACACCAGAGAAAGAACGAGCAGCAGCCCCUGGAUCCCCACAGGCUCGCCCUUCCUGUUCGUGAACACGUCCAGUCGCUACAGCGGUCAGCGAGCCCGGCUGCUGAUGCCGCCGCUCAAAGAGAACGACACACACUGCGUCAGCUUCCUGUUCUACCAGGCGGGGGGGAGAGAAGGAGCCACUCCCGCCACGCUCAACGUCUACAUCAAAGAGAACAACAGUCCUCUGGGGGUUCCCAUCUUCAACUCUUCAGGACCCGCCUACCACAUCUGGAAAGGGGUGGAGCUAGCCGUGUCCACAUUCUGGCCCAAUUACUACCAGGUGGUGUUCGAGGCGGUCAGCACCGGACAGAGAGGAGUCCUCGCCAUCAAGGACAUCACACUGCAGGGACACCAGUGCAUGAGCACACCUCACCUCCUGCACAUUAAAGGUGUGGAGGUGAAUGCAGGACAGACGGCUCAGUUUCACUGCACGGUCAAUGGACGUCCGCAGAGCAACCUGCUGCUGUACCUGCAGGGGAUGGGCGGUCGUCAGGCGGUGGUCCGGGAAACGAAGCCGGUGAACUCCCGUCGCUACGUGGCGAGCUUCGACGUGGAAAACACCACGAAGGGCGACUCAGGGCGAUACCGCUGCCUCGCCCAAUCAGAGCGCGGCGUUGGCGUGUCCUCCUACGCCGACCUCACCGUCAAACAACCCCCGGUACCCAUUGCCCCCCCACAGCUGACAGCGGUGGGCGCCACCUACCUGUGGAUCCAACUUAACGCCAACUCCAUCAAUGGAGACGGACCAAUCAUCGAGAGAGAGGUGGAGUACCGCACGAUGUCGGGCAUGCUGAUCGACACCACCCCGGUGGAUAAGCCGACCCAUAAGAUCGGACACCUGGACCCCGACACCGAGUAUGAGAUCAGCGUGCUGCUGACCCGGCCCCUGGACGGAGGCACAGGAAAUCCCGGACCCCCGCUGAGGGCCAGGACUAAGUGUGCAGACCCGAUGCACGGCCCGCGGCGCCUGGAGGUCGGAGACGUUCAGUCCAAACAGGUGACGGUGCGCUGGGAGCCGUUCGGAUACAACGUGACGCGCUGCUACAGCUACAACCUGACUUUGCAGUACCACUACUGGCCAGCAGGGGGCGCCAGCAGGGAGCCGGUGAGGGAGGAGGUGGUGUACGACGUGCUGAGCGGCGUGCCGCAGCACGUCCUGCGUAACCUUCCACCGUUCACCAACGUCAGCCUGAGGCUCGUCCUCAGCAACCCCGAGGGCCGCAAGGAGAGCGAGGAGCUGCUGGUGCUGACGGACGAGGACGUCCCCGGAGCCGUCCCCGUGGACUCGAUCGUGGGCAGCAGCUACGAGCAGCAGAUCAGUCUCAGCUGGAAGGAACCACUGCAGACGUACGGACUGAUCCGACACUACGAGAUCUCCUACAAAGCUCUGAGCUCCUUCGACACAGAGUUCGAUCUGUCUAAUCAGAGCGGGAAGGUGGUCAAACCGGCCAAUGAGACGAGCCACGUGUUCAGCGGCCUCUACCCGGGCUCCACCUACUCCUUCACAAUAAGAGCCUCCACCGUCAAGGGCUUUGCCCCCAUCAUCACACAGUUCACCACCAAGAUCUCAGCUCCUCUGAUGCCGGCGUACGAUCAGGAGUCUCCUCUGAACCAGACGGACUCCACCGUCACCGUCCUGCUGAAACCAGCGCAGAGCAGAGGAGCACCUGUCAGUAAGUACCAGCUGGUGGUGGAGGAGGAGCGCCCCCGCAGGCAGAGGAGAGGAACUGCAGAGAUCCUGCGCUGUUACCCGGUGCCCAUCCACGUCCAGAACGCCUCGCUGCUCAACUCCCAGUACUACCUCAGCGCCGAGCUGCCGGUCAGCGAGCUGAGGGCGGCCCGCUCCUUCUGCAUCGGUGAUAACAGGACGUACAACGGCUACUGGAAUGCUCCUCUGCUGCCUCACAAGAGUUAUGGGAUCUACUACCAGGCUGUGAGCACGGCUAACGGGGAAACGAAGAUCGACUGUGUGCGGGUGGCCACUAAAGCCGCUAUAAUCGCCACCCAGCUCACCACGCCGUACAUUCGCAUCGCGCCGGCGGCGGGAGACAAGCAGCUCCCAGGAGCGGCGACCAGGAAGCCGGAGCCGGAGCAGGAGAAGCAGUCGGACCACACGGUGAAGAUCGCCGGAGCCAUCGCCGGCAUCCUGCUCUUCAUCAUCAUCUUCCUCGGAGUCAUCCUGCUGAUGAACAAACGACGGAGAAAUUAUCACUCCUACACUUACUACCUGAAGCUGGCGAAGAAGAGGAAGGAAACUCUGAGCUCCAGACAGGAAAUGACCCUGAUGGUCAACAAUUCCCAACACACCACCAUGGUGGACACGCACACACACACGCUGAACGGACGCACUGUGUCCUCUCCGUCCUCCUUCACCCUGAAGACAAACACCAUCAGCACCACCGUGCCCAACUCAUACUACCCAGAUCCCUUCGUGCCGACGGCCAUCCUGGACGACAGCCACACGAUGACCAGUGAAACCAGCAGCCUGGUGCAGUCCCACUAUAAGCAGCGCGAGUCUGAGCGGGAGGCGCUGCCCUAUCAGACGGGGCAGCUGCACCCGGCCAUCAGGGUGGCCGACCUGCUGCAGCACAUCACCCAGAUGAAGUGCGCCGAGGGAUAUGGCUUCAAGGAGGAGUAUGAGAGUUUCUUCGAGGGCCAGUCGGCUCCGUGGGAUUCAGCCAAAAAGGACGAGAACCGAAUGAAGAACCGCUACGGGAACAUCAUCGCCUACGACCACUCUCGUGUGCGUCUGCAGCCUCAGGAUGGAGAGAGCGGCUCCGACUACAUCAACGCAAACUACGUGGACGGAUAUCACCGACCCAAUCACUACAUCGCCACCCAAGGUCCCAUGCAGGAGACUGUGUACGAUUUCUGGAGGAUGGUUUGGCAGGAAAACACCGCCGCCAUCGUCAUGGUAACAAACCUGGUGGAGGUGGGGCGGGUGAAGUGUUGUAAAUACUGGCCGGACGACACGGAGAUCUACGGCGACAUGAAGGUGACGCUGAUCGAGACCCAGCUGCUGUCAGAGUAUGUGAUCCGGACCUUCGCCGUGGAGAAGCGGGGCGUUGCAGAGAUCAGGGAGAUCCGGCAGUUUCACUUCACCGGUUGGCCGGAUCACGGUGUGCCUCUUCACGCCACCGGCCUGCUCGGAUUCAUCCGACGCGUAAAGGCCAAAACCCCCCCGACAGCCGGCCCUACCGUGGUCCACUGCAGUGCGGGGGCAGGGCGUACAGGCUGCUUCAUAGUGAUCGACAUCAUGCUGGACAUGGCAGAGCGAGAAGGCGUGGUCGACAUCUACAACUGCGUCCGAGAGCUGCGAGCGCGCCGGGUCAACAUGGUGCAGACCGAGGAGCAGUACGUCUUCAUCCACGACGCCAUCUUGGAGGCGUGUCUCUGCGGCGACACGGCCAUCCCGGCCAAUCAGCUGCGGUCCGUGUACUACGAGAUGAACCGAUUGGACCCGCAGACCAACUCCAGCCAGAUCAAAGAGGAGUUCAGGACGCUGAACAUGGUGACCCCCACGCUGCGGGUCGAGGACUGCAGCAUUGCUCUGCUGCCGAGGAACCACGAGAAGAACCGAUGCAUGGACGUGCUUCCUCCGGACCGAUGCCUGCCCUUCCUCAUCACCAUCGACGGAGAGAGCUCAAACUACAUCAACGCUGCGCUCAUGGAUAGCUACAAGCAGCCGUCAGCGUUCAUCGUUACCCAGCAUCCUUUGCCCAACACGGUGAAGGACUUCUGGCGCCUCGUCCUCGACUAUCACUGCACGUCCAUCGUCAUGCUGAACGACGUGGACCCCGCACAGUUGUGUCCUCAGUACUGGCCUGAAAACGGCGUGCACCGCCUCGGCUCGCUGCAGGUGGAGUUUGUUUCUGCGGAUCUGGAGGAGGACGUGAUCAGUCGCAUCUUCAGGAUCUACAACACGGCCAGGCCUCAGGACGGGUACCGGAUGGUGCAGCAGUUCCAGUUCCUGGGCUGGCCGAUGUACCGCGACACGCCCGUAAGCAAGCGCUCCUUCCUGAAGCUCGUGCACCAGGUGGACAAGUGGCAGGACGAGUACGACGGGGGGGAAGGACGGACCGUGGUGCACUGCCUAAAUGGCGGGGGUCGCAGUGGUGUGUUUUGCAGCGUCAGCAUCGUGUGUGAGAUGUUACGUCAGCAGCGCUGCGUCGAUAACUUUCACGCCGUAAAAACUCUGAGAAACAACAAACCAAACAUGGUGGACCUGCUGGAACAGUAUAAGUUCUGCUAUGAAGUCGCUCUGGAGUAUCUGAACUCUGCUUAAACCCAAUGAGAGGAGAGGAGACAAGGAGUCGAAGAAAGGAGGAAGGAGAGGAGGUUUACUACUGACUGCAGGAGGAAGAAGAGGAGGAGGAAGAGGAGGAGUCUUUGCACUGCCUUGUUUGAACUCACCGUGUCAUUUUUUUAUUUUUGUCGUAUUGAUGAACCAAAACAUCUCGUGGUUUCUGCUUUUCACUCCGAGUGGAGCAUCCUGUCAGCUUCGCGGGAUAUUUGUGAACUCACCUCCACCUGUCUCACCGCUGCUUUAAACAACUUCCUGUUUACAUUUCUCAACGCACAGCAACACGCAAGCUGCUGGAAUAUUUUAAGUAAUGUUUUCAAUGUUCUGUGUUGCUUAAGGUUCAUGCAGUGCUCUCCAAACACCAAAGAAAAAACGUUUUAUUAUUUGAGAAAAUAAUUAGGUAAAAAAUGUUUCCUCAAUACGGAAAAAAUAUUUAGUUAAAAUGAAAAAAUACUUUGUAAUUCGGGAGAAAUAUUACGUGAAAAGGAUAAAUAGGAAUAAAUAAAAAUAUAAACUUUUUAAAUUGUUUAUAUUUUCUCUGUUUACAUAUUACUGUGAAUAAUGAGAAAUAUCUUUAAUAUGAGAAGGAUUUAAAAUAAUACAGACUAUUUUCUUUUAUUCUAACAAGAAAAUAAUCACGAAACAAGGUUUUAUACUCAUGGAAACAUUUUAAAUUCAUUAAAAAAACACAGCUGAUCGGGAAAAAACAGUUUAAUAUAUGAAAACAUUUCUUACAAUUUAAUUUAUUUUGAGGAUUUUCCAGAAAAAAACUCAUUUAAAGUCACUUUUCGGGAAUUGGGGAAUAUUUGACGCUGUUUUAAAACCGUUCGGUUCUUUAACAAGCUCACAUGUUAUUUAAUUACAGCCAUAAUUACUUAAGCUAAAGGGUUCGUUCCUCAGCUUUCAGUCUCCGAACUUCGUCUGGUUUUUAUCAAGAUAUUUCAGCGUUGGUUUCACUGUCGUCCGUCUUCUUCUUCUUCGGUGGUGUUUUCUUCUCCUGAGUUUCAGGCAGCUGUUAAUAUUGUACAUAAGGAAGCAGGAAGCAGAAUAUUUAUUCCUUCAGUCUUUUCGAUGUCGUGCUGUUCUCGCAGCGCAGAGAGACAAUCACAGAGUGCAAAAAACAUCGGAAACCACAUCGGAUUGAUUCACCUUUAUAACGACACGCGUCAGCAUUCACACGCAGGAAGCCCCUGAUGUAGCACAACAACAACAAAUACAUAAUAACGUAUAAUAUUCCCAAUUAUGAGAAAGUAUUCCAAGAUUAAACACUGAGUCGAUCAAAGCUUGUGUUAUUUACGUUAUUUCCAUUAAACGAGUCAUGUUUGGUGUUAUUAGAACACGGUAUCGGCUUCUCUUAAUCACUGUUACUCUCAUAUCGUCAGUUUUUUAAAGGGACUUUGAUUUGGUUUGAUGGAGACGUCCAUCAAACCGGGGCUGCGUUACAUCCGUUCCUGCUUACUUGUCCUGUGGUACAGCUUAAAUUACACAAACACUAAACACAGAGUCGGUCCUUCCGUUAAAUGCGUGGUUUUGAAGUGACCCUGGUCAUUAAAGGCUCUGCUGCUGACGAGAACAUUAUUGUAAUGAAAGCUUUUAUUUAUGUUGUAUGAUUAUGAAAUACUGCAAAUAAAAAUAUGUAUACACUCUUAAACCA